CAGCCUGGGCCGCCGCCGCCUGCUCGCCGCCGCCGCCGUGCCCAGCGCCGCCGCCUGGCUCGCCGUCUACUUCGCCAUCGGCGACAUCGACUCUCUGGAGGGAUCGUUAGCAGACAGCGGUAUGUACUCGACCAAACUGUGGAUUCUGCUGAGCGGACGAGUCCUGCUAGGUGUCGCUAUGGGCGUCGCCACGGUGGUGGCACCUCUGUACUCUGAGGAAAGCUGUGACGUGGCCAUCCGCGGCCGCCUGGGGGUGGCGCAGAACCUGCAGAUCGACGCGGGCAUCCUGCUGGCCUACACGCUGGGCGCUGCGGGGGCGUCGCUGGAGACACAGACCCUGGUGCCGGUGGCCGUGCCGCUGGUGCAGUUGGUAGCCCUGCUGUGGAUCCCCGAGAGCCCAGCCCACCUGGCCGCAGCGCCGGAGGCCGAGGCGAUGCGCCGGGCGCCCAAGGCGGCGCGAUGGCUGCGGCUGGAGCUGGACCCUCUGGAGCGGCGGAGGCGGGAGGCCGAUGCGAGGGGAGGCAAGGAGACGCCUCCACUCAGGGUCAGGUGUCGGGCGCUGCUGAUAGUCGUGGGACUGAUGACGUUGCGACAGUUUCUAGGCAUCAACGCGUUCAUCUACUACACAGUCGACAUCUUCCAACAAGCUGGCAGCUCACUAUCGCCAGAGAUGGCGACCUUGGUGGUUGGAAUCGUUCAGCUGGUGGCGACGGCGCUGGCCGGGGCGGUUGUGGAGCGCGCGGGCCGGCGGCCGCUUCUGCUGGCGUCCGGCGUGACGGCGGCGCUCAGCCACGCGGCGCUCGCCCUCUCCGCGUCGCCGUGGGCGGCGGGCGCCACCUGGCUGCCGCUGCUCGCCAUCAACGUCUUCUUCGUCGCCUUCGCGGCCGGCUUCGGCUCGCUGCCCUGGUUCAUCACGGCCGAGGUGGUGCCCACGCCGGACGCCGCCUGGAUGAGCGGGCUGGCCGUCGCGUGCAACUGGUCUCUCAUCUUCGCCGUCACCAAGGUGUUCCCGGAGAGCGUGGCAAAGCUGGGCCGCCAGAUGACGUUCGCGCUACUCGGCGUGCUGAGCACGGUGACGACGCUCUUCGCGCUGCUGUUCGUCCCCGAGACGAGGGGGAAGCCCCGGGACGCCAUCCAGAGGGAGCUGCUGGAGGAGAGCGUGUUCGUGCUGCCCUGCUGCGCGCGCAGCCACCAGCGCGUCAAGCCGACCGAGCGCGCAGGCGCAAGCGCCGGCGAGCAGCAGCCGCUGGCCGACUACGGCGCCUCUGUCGCUCCUCCUCGGUACUCGUAGGAGCGGAACGAAGAGGACUUCACACAGUGCCCUGUUCACAGUUGUACUAUCGUGCUCUUUUCUAGUUGGUACCAUAAUCAGCCUGUAUGAUACGCCGUACUGACCACUGCCAAACAACAUUAUUCUUGCCGCAUCUCAGGGACAAGAGGCAGACUUGGGAGUUUCAGACGCAGAUGGGUAACAGGUCGCUGUGUUUCUUCGGGUUAUCACUUAAAGGCAAUAUUUUUUCCUGUGUACUUGUGUAAAAGACUAUUGUUACAUACAGUGUGUGUGGACGAAGAAAGUGAUGUCAGUAAAAGUUCGAUCGUCAGUAAAUUACGCCAUGUCAGCUCCCCUUUCCCUAAUUUCAUACGAAGAAUACAUACUGAAUCACGCCGAAUGA